AUGUUUUAUCAAUACUUUCUAACAAAGAAUAAACCGUCUCUUUCUCGUUUAAGUGGAUAUAAAACAACAGAAAGAACAUGUGAUGUUCUUUAAACUACUGUUCAUACCAACAAAUCUAGCAAGUAUAUUCAUGAAAAAUUUAAUACCGAACAUUCAACUAGCGAAGGCUAUUUAAUCAAAAGAUCUAAUCCGUACCCUAAACAAAUCAAUAGCAAGAUAAAUAUACUUAUAAAUAACAUAAAAAAUACCUACAAAUGUGAAAUAGAAAAGUUAAAGGAUGAAUGCAGAAUCCGAUAAACAAAUCAACAGCUAUAUAUGUACUAUGUUUCAAUCUAUUUUUUCAGUCAAGAUAUGCUACUAAGAAACAGAGAUGAUAUCUCCAUUCUUAUCGAUAGAUUAAGAAGGAUUCUUCUAAACAAAUCCAAACGAUCCUGUUGCAUAGAGAUUAUUUAAGAAAUCAAUAACCAAAUAUCUAAAAUCCAUAUCAAGAUUUUAGUUAGUUUAUCUCUCUCUAAAAUUGCUAGAUAUUAUAAUCUCCUCCAUUAUGCUAUCUUGCUCGCUAAAAAUGCAAAGAGGUUUUCAGACUCAGAGCCUAUGCUAAAGUAUAAAAUUAAGGCCUAUGAAAUCUUAUCGUUAUGUUUCCUUAAGCUAAGACUUAAGCAAGCUAAAACCUACAUAACAAAGUAUUUGAUGUGCAGCUGGAAAUUGGAUAAACCAAAUGAAGAACUAAAAGGGUAUGACUAGAUGGGAAAGUAUUAUUAUUAUGAAGGUAACAUUGAAAUGGCUUAGUUUUAUCAUAAUAAAAUGAUUAACGGAGAUACUUUAGUAAUAUUUUGUUAAUCAUAUUAGAAAUCUAAUUCAUCAUUGAAGAGAUUGGCAGUCGCUAAGUUUGAGUAAGGUUCGAUAGGCAAAAGUAAUAGAGAGAAGUAAUCUGUAAAUACUGAAGAAGCAGAUUUUAAUAUAUCUUCUGAUGAUGAACCAUUCGAGGUUAUCUUUGCUUAAGAGAAGGAUGAAGGCUUAUAAAAAGCUAAAGAUAAUUUUGAGCUUAUGAGGCAUAAUUCCAAGAAAAAACCUUAACUUCUGCAUUAUUAAAUAAGAAAACAGCCAUUAUUCGACAGAACCAACGUAAAAAGAUAAUAACAAGAAUCAAAAAAUGCUAAUUCUUUUAUUAGGUACAAAUAAAAUUUGAAUGAUAGAAUUCCAAGAGCAUAGUAAACUUAGUCUCUACUAACAGAAAGAGGAACUCUAGAUCUUAGUAAAAUAAAAGGACUAUCUUAUGCACAUAUUUAACUUGGGGAGCUCAAGAAUCCAGUUUUGCUAAAUCACUUAAGUCCAAAUAGAUGUUUAGUCAAUUACUAGCAUAUCGAGUUAAAUAAAGUCCCUUAAUCAUAUAAAAAUGCUGAAGAUCUAGAGCCUUUAUUUGAUGUUGGUGAUAUUUAAAAAAUGUCUAAGAAUCUAAAAAAGCUUAUUGUUAUAUUAACAGGAGUUGAAGAAUGGCUUAGAGCAUAAAGUGAUUUAUACUGA